GAUGUACUCUGUUUUUAGACCAACACAAGUAGCAAUCUAGGCUAGGUUCAUGCUAGAGACAAAAAUUUUGCUUGAUAGUAUAAUAAACAUGGAUGAAGUUCAGCAGGAAAAGCGGGGGUGGGGGGAACUGCUACAAACUCAUGUAAUUGCCUGUCAGUUGUUUUACCUGGGGGGCUGAAGGAAUAUAGGAAGACUAAAUACAGGAGAGCAAGAUUUGACUUUUUUCAUAACAUUUAUUCAGCAGUCAAAGAGUUUGUUUCACUGGCCCUGUGCACUGUAUUACAGUUGCCUAGGUGAAUACAUGUAAGCCCAGAAACAGUUUUGUCAUAUUUCUUUUUCAUUUUUAGAUUGUAAGCUCUGCUGAACAGGGCCCUCUGUAGCUUCUUUAUCUGCCAAUAUAUGUUAUGUGGAUGUAGAUAAACUGUAUAUCCUUUCUUCUAUUCCAUCCAGUCUUAUUCAUGUUCUCUGGAUCCGUCACACCCCACACAUCCCUCACUCAGAGUCUUGCCACACAUUCAGCUGGAUGAAACCUUGUACCUCCCCUUUCCCUAGCAUGUCACACAGACGCCUGCCUAUAUAUUCUCCCAGCAGUUACAGCCCCUCUCCAGUAUACCGGCCAGCACCCAGCUUUAUUCUUCUUGCCAGCUACCAAAAACAGCCGCACCUCUACUCUGAACCUCUUGCAAGACACACAAAAGAACUCGUAGUCUGUUUUUACUGAGCAGAACAUAAAGUUCAACUUCUUCAAUGUUGAGGAUGGAAGCAAUGAAUGGGACCAUGGCAAGCCCAGCUGUCAGCUUGUCUAUGGAUCAACCAAGAAAAGUGACCAAUGGGAAUGACAGCCAUGAAUACUUCUACAUUCUGAUUGUUUUGUCUUUCUAUGGAAUAUUUCUUAUGGGGAUCAUGCUGGUCUACAUGAAAACGAAAAGAAGGGAUAAAGAAGCCAAUAUAUUGCUUCUCUGCAGUGAUGAGGAGAGACAGUGGCUGAGUGGCAGAAAGACCACCCCUGCUUUGUCAGUCCCUUUAUCUCUACAGGCUUCCAGCAUGUUCAGUGCCCUCCAAGAAAACAUGAUCCCUGCUUUCUCCUGUGCUGCCUGCAGUAUGGAAGGCAGUAGUUUAAGCUCUGAGUCCUCCACAUCUGAUGUCCAAAUAACUAUCCAGGAAGAAUCUCCAGAAGGACUUCUCCAAGAUGUUCCAGAGGUUGAGAAGGAUGACGACAAAAGGCAGAUUUCCUAGCGACCUUUCACAUCUGGACAUAUAGGAAUCUCUAGUAUCUCUAGAUGUGAGACCUAGCUCUUAUGUUUGAAGCCAAGUUGUGUGAUGAGUCCUGUGAUGGUCAGGGCAGCUGCAGCACAUAGACAACCAUGAGCGUGCGUCAAGGGGAAUAAAAAUAUCUUCCUUUCACCUCUGGUAAACUAAGUAGCUUAAAAGGCUUUAAUCUCACAAUAAACCAUAUUUGACGUGGCCUUAGAAUAGCCAAAGAACAGGCCCUGUACAGUUUAGUGUGCCCUGUCUUAGGGAAAACGCAUUACUACAAGUGAGAAUGUCAUACAGCGGAACUGGAAAAGGUUUAAGAGAAAAGUAAAACAAAAAACAAAAAAGCUUUAAAAAUCCAAAACCAAAUACAACACAGUAGAAACUGGUGUCCAUUUAUGAUGUAUUUUAUGAUUGCCUUGUCUAUAAUGUAAAUGGACUUCUCUUGUUCUGAAAUAAUAUCUCAGUUUAACCAUGGACUAACUUUUGGUUUUCCUCCUUCCUUAAUUAAAUCUGAUGGAAACUAGGAGCUUAGGCCUAGUUUGCACAGACCAUAUACACAACAAAAUACAUAGAAUGUGUUUAAAAAUACAGUGAUUCAGUUAGCCAAGGGGAUUUUUUUAUGGAUAUAAAAGCCAUUUUACAGCUGAAAUGUAACAUCUGGAUUUCCUGGGAAAAUUUUAGACCAGUACAGAUAAUGAAUACGAUUAUCUCCUUAACUUAUUCAAGCCCGGAACAUAUAUAUUAAGAAUCCUGCAAAGCAAGUGCAGAUAAACGCCACGUUGCAAAGCCAGAUUGUAAGGAAAGUGUUCUGCCUAUCACACAUUUUGCAAACCUCUGCGAUAUCUAGGCUGGCCAAAGAAAAUAGCUGCCUAUCUCGUUUUUAAAGGAACAGUAACACCAAAAAAUUCAAGUGUUUUAAAGUAAUGAAAAUAUCAUGUAGUGUUGCCCUGC